UGUUGAUAUGUCGAUAUGAAUCUUAUUUGCUAUGUGAUAUUCCACACAGAGUGUCCCAGGGGAAAGUAUGGCAUCAGCUGUAACUCUGACUGUGGCCACUGUGCUGAUAGCAUCACAUGUCAUCACAUCACUGGAACCUGUCCAGGUGGAUGUAAGGCAGGGUGGAAACUUCCCCUGUGUAAGACAGCCAUAAUCACUCCUGUAACAGCUGCUAUGAUCGGCGUGGCUGGUGGAAUAUGCUUCACGGUGGUUCUUGCAGUUGUGCUGUUCGUGGGGCUUGUAAAACUAUGGAGGUUCAAGUGGUAAAAGUCAGGGCCACGUCAACCAAGUGGACAGGAACUCUACACAGCCGUCAGACCACUACACAUCCAUAUCCGAGCAGGCUAGUGGCCGCAACAUCUACAACAACGACUAUUCUACACUAGACGUUGAGGCCAAGUCUAACAAUGACUAUGACUUCAUUAAGAACAAGGCUUAUGAAAAUAUGUACAGAGUAUAUUACAGUAAUAUAAUAGCUUACAUGUAAAAAAAAGGAAAUGCGUCGACCGCAUCCAUAAAGAUAUUGAAGUUGUUAUCCCAAUAGGUAGGAAACUGUUCACGAUGUUUGUGAUGCAUUUAUUGCAGAUUUUACGUUUUUUGUGGGUACCGAGAUAAAAAGUAAAACAAAUUGGGGAUCAUUGGACUGGAACAUAGCAAAACCAAUCUGCUUGAGGUUUAAACAGAUAAUAUGUAGAAAACAAACCCAUAAAAAAGCUGCCUUUUUAUCAUUCUCUUGGUCAGGCCGACUACUUUUUGAACGACCCACGUAUGUCCUUGGAGAGCUGGGACACUAUUUUAUAACUCUGUCAAACGUGAUCGGAUCUACAUGUUUAUUGUGUUAACAUGUUCCAGGUCAAGUCAGAAGAACAGUUUCCAUAUUUUAACGAUGUUUGGUAAAUUAUUGUCAUAACUUGGAGAGAGUGAUGAUUUAUAACUCAGUCUGAAUUUUGUAGUUUGUAUUCAUUGUGAACUUUUCACAUCGUUAUUGAGAAGCUGACUGUUUAUUAUAAGGAAUGUUUAUAACAGUUUGUUUCAGGUAAUACUGAAAACGUAUAAUUUGGCUUUCGGUUUUACCCAGACACAUUUCUUUCCUCGAUUUCCUUACAGAACAUGGCAUGGCCCCUCAAGAAUGUAUGGUUCCUCUCAGAACCACGAUUGCCUUGAUAAUGACAUGUUUUCUACCUAAGGCAGAAAUGGUUCCGGUUAAGACGUAUUGCUGUGUUGGGUGUAUUUGAAGCCACAGUUGUUUAUCCCACAUGCACGUAUUAAUCGCAAUAUCUUUAUUAUCUAUGUUGCAUAUUUGUCAAACAUCGAUUUCCGGACAAUAACAAUAUAUAACAAAGGGAAUGUAUGUAUUGAUCAGUGUAAGCUUGAACUUUUCACAGUUUGUAUGUAACGUGCAUUUUGUGUGCUGCUUGUGCGCUGUAAGAAAAGUUAAGGUGUUUUGUCCCUUUAUUGAACACAAACCUGAGCAUUAGAAACAAUAGAUGUAACUACAUUCAAUUAUACCCAUAAAGAAACAAACACACACACACACACAAAUGCACACAUGUGACGUUGAGGGAACAUCGCCCUGUGACUUUCACGGGAACACAUUGACGUCAGUAUAUACAGAAUGAUGCACAUAUGAAUUUUCCUGUUAUCUGCACGAUGAGAUGGGAGUUUCUCACAAUAAACUGUGAACAUAUCAACGCUAUCCUCUGGCCCCGAGGCAACUCUUCAUCAAUUAUAUUUAUUCAGUGUUGCAAAAUAUAAACAAUUAUUCAAGCAAAAGCGUAGUUCACUUAAAACCCAUUUUGCAACGUAUUGCAGCAUUUAUAUUAUUUUUUUUGUAAUCCAAUAUUACAAGUGAAUACCCUUUUCGCGUAAUAUUUAGUAAAUGUUCCUUUUGCACGAACAUAAAUGGUGUACAUGUUUUAAAUUAACGUGAAAUAGUGUUAAAAGUUUAAACCUUUGUACGCAUAAUGCAAUAAACAAAAAGUUUUAUCCAU